AUGUCCCGAUCUCACAGCGGCCCCCAACUCGACCCGAGCCGUCCCAAGUGGUGCGUGUCGUGUUGCCUUCGUGCCUCUCUGCGCUCCGACGCCAUGCAGCCCUCCGGCGGUCCUGGCAGCGCGCCGCCCUUCACCUUCCCGGACCUCGGUCCAGUCGUCCAGGACACUCAAUUGCGUGGCCCCACGGGGCAGGUCAUCGACUCGUCGGUGCCGGCCUCGGAGGCCUCGGCGGCGCCAACUACCCCCUCUGCGUCAGCAAGCGGGGCGCCCCGACGGCCCCAGGCUUCGGCUGCAGUUCCUGUAGCUUCAGCGCCAUCGUCUGGUGCUGGUGGCAGCGCCGGAGCAGCUCCGUCACCAACUCCCGCCUCUGCAGGAGCACCGGGGGUGGCGGGCAGUCUCCAGGCCGCACCUUCGGUCGUCGCGCCCCAUGCUUCGGCUGCAAGCACUGGAGAGACUUCGGCUUCGAGUGCAGCGGCUCCGACGUUGCCAACUCCCGCUUUGCCGUCCUCGCCCGACUCCAGUCCUCUGCACGAGCCUUCGUCAAAUGCUGCGCACUUCUGCCGCACGGGUGACCCGCUGCCUGCUACUGCGCACGUGGCCUCGGGACUUCCUCCGCGUUCUUCCGCACAGUGGUAUGCUGUCGAAGACAUCGUCGCGACAGCUAUUACGGUCAACCCAGUGCUGGACCCUCGCCGUGUUACGGCCCCGUGGGUGCGUGAGUUCACGAACUUCUACGGGCCUCCUUUCGGUCUGCAGGAGGACGGGCAGCCAGGUGAAGACGAAGUCUCGGAAGAGGAGGAGGUCGAGGAGCUGAUCGAAGAGAUCGAGUCUCCGGUUGCUGAAGGGUCUUCGGAAGAGGCUCAGGACGAGUCUCGCCGCGCCGUGGAUGCUCAAGAGACUUCGGACGAAGCUACACAUGCGCUAGGGGCUCAAGAUGCAGCAACGGCAACGCAGGACUCGGUUCAAGAUCGCAUCGCGGCUUCGGAGGCCCCUUUUGAGGAGGCCCCAGUCAGCGAGACUCCAGCUGACGCGCCACGUUCGCCUCCAAGUGCUGCUGAUCAAGCUGCCACGCAAGCCGAAGCUUCUCCGACUGCGCGUCUCCGCGUUUUGGCCAAGGUUGCCUCGUCUUCGGACGCCUAA